GUUCGCCCCCUAUCAGGAGCCAUCACUCGUGUGGAGGGUAACAUUGUCAAAACACUGUCAAAACAUUCAGGUCAGGUGUAUGUUCUUGUACUGGGCUGAUACCGUUUGCUCCUCGAAAGCACAUUGCCUGUGACACCAGGCUGUGCCUCUGUGGUUUUGCCAUGCAGCAGCUACCUCUUCUGUCUUCUGAGCACAAGAGGGAAGACUCAGGUGGACGUGAAACUGGAGGCCGUGGAGCAGGAAGCUGGUCACCACACGGUGACAGGAUGGAACUUCCUGUGAUUACUCAGCCAGGCCUUGGAGUGACCACCACAACGGUGACCACCAUCACACAAACAGGAGGGGACUGGAGCACGGGGCUUUUUGAAGUGUGCAGUGACAGCAGCUCAUGUUUGGUGGGAACGUUUGUGCCCUGUUGUUUGGAUUUGAGUUUGGCUCAUCAGUUUGGAGAGUGCCUGUGCCUGCCUCUGCUACCUGGCUCCACCUUUGCCAUGCGUGUUGGCAUCAGGGAACGUUUUAAAAUCAGGGCUUCCAAGGUCCUGCAUUGAUUGAUGCUGCAAUCCUUUCAUCCUCCGCAGUUGAUUCAUGGCUGGGCGGUAGCUGUAAUCUGGGUGGUUCUGGCCAUUCAGUGAAGAAUAGGUCACAGGAGAGACACUGGCCCCUUCCUGGUGACUAGUGCAGAUCUAGCACUAAUGGUUUGUCGUUGUGAGGAAACUACAGCAAUUCAUAUGACCAUGCUCAAAAACGGUCUGAAGCAGAAUCAUAGCCUAAGAAGAGUUUACUGUGGAGAAGCUCCAUUUAGAUUGCUCCUUAGAGUUUCAGUGGGUCAUGACACUGUUUUAGCAAUGCCUUAUUAGGACUUUGGUCACCUUCAAAGAAACUGUGCUCACCAUUUGAAAAAUAUCUUCAUUUAUUACCAAGAGCAUCUCUGUUCUGAUGACAAAAUCAUGCUUGGUGACCGUCUUUGGUGGGUUAUAUUUUAGGUCUAGGCAGCAAGGUCGUCAAAAAUAGAACACUGACAACAGACCACCCAAGGGGAUUAAUGACACAACAGUGAUAGGACGUAAUGGAUCAGGAACAGCCACAAAGGCACACACUCUUACGAGGAACUGGAGAUGUGCCAGGAUUCUCACUAAGCAUCUAAAAUCACCAGUACCAUUCAGAAUGUUCGUAGCUGGUUAUAGAGCAAAAGAGAGACAGAAAGAGUGGCAAUUUUACAUAACUGCCUUUGAAAAUAUGUUACUUGAGUACUUUCAUCCAUUCAGUGUUCUGACAGAACCGAAUGCCAAGGCUUUUCAGAUGGACAGAUGGAGUAACAUUCGGCAUAAAGGCGUAUAAAAGUUGUUGCAGCUAUUCUGGACUUUACUGGCCUAGAAGCAGAGCAAGAUUGGCUUGGGUUCUUGGUUACUUAUCUAUGAGUAAUGAUUUGCAAUCUUUUUUAUUAGAUGUUAAAGUUUUAUUCAUUAUUCACAGACAAUUGCGUUGUCCAGCAUGUCAGAACUGUCUGAUAUCAACCUCUUAAAAUGAGACAGGCUGUAAGAUUGAGAAAAAUCUUUGUCCAGGAAACCACUUCAUUAUGUUUCUGGCUUAAUUGACUUCAGUGUCAUGGAGAACACACUAAUUUCUAGCAUCAGAGACCUGCAUUUCUGAAAGGACUACUACAAUACAACUGGAGGUCUGUAUAUCUAUUGUAUCUACCAGUUCAUGACAGAUAUGAUUGCUAAAUCCAGUACAAUAUUGCUGCAUAUCAUCACUGUUCAAAGAGAAACGUUUCUACAGCAUUUGAGCUCAGCAGCUGUUCUGUUGUGUGUGUAAUGAUUGAAUAGAAAAGACAUUCUCCAAAUCGCUUGGAAUAAAACCUCUUUGCAUUUA